AUGGCUGCGAUAAAGGCGAUAAACUCCAAGGCUGAGGUGGCGCGGGCCCACGCGGCCUUGGCGGUCAAUAUAUGCGCCGCCCGAGGGUUGCAGGAUGUCCUGCGGACCAACUUGGGUCCCAAAGGCACCAUGAAAAUAUUGUCCAUUUGGGAUGAAAUCACCAUAGCAGUCCCUCUGGGGAAAAGUAAUUCUGUGGACUGCAAAGGGGGUACUUACCGUGGUGUCUCCCCAAGGCUUGUUUCUGGUGCAGGUGAUAUCAAACUCACCAAAGAUGGCAAUGUGCUGCUUCAUGAGAUGCAAAUUCAACACCCAACAGCUUCCUUGAUAGCAAAAGUAGCAACAGCCCAGGAUGACAUUACAGGAGAUGGUACUACUUCAAAUGUUCUAAUUAUUGGGGAGUUACUAAAACAAGCUGAUCGUUACAUUUCUGAGGGCCUGCACCCUAGAAUAAUAGCUGAAGGAUUUGAAGCUGCAAAGAAAAAAGCACUUGAAGUUUUGGAAGAAAUUAAAAUUAAAAAAGAGAUGAAAAGAGACAUCCUCUUAGAUGUGGCUAGAACAUCUCUACAAACUAAAGUUCAUGCUGAACUGGCUGAUGUGCUAAUAGAGGCUGUGGUGGAUUCUGUUUCGGCUAUUAGAAGACCGAGUUUUCCUAUUGAUCUCUUCAUGGUAGAAAUCAUGGAGAUGAAGCACAAAUCAGAAACAGAUACAAAGUUGAUCAAGGGAUUAGUUUUGGAUCAUGGUGCCCGUCAUCCAGAAAUGAAGAAGCGAGUAGAAAAUGCAUUUAUCCUUACUUGCAAUGUAUCACUGGAAUAUGAAAAAACAGAGGUGAGCUCUGGUUUCUUUUAUAAGACUGCCCAAGAAAAAGAGCAAUUGGUAAAAGCUGAAAGAAAAUUUAUUGAUGAUAGAGUACAAAAAAUAAUAGACCUGAAAGACAAAGUCUGUGCUCAGUCCAACAGAGGAUUUGUUGUCAUUAAUCAAAAGGGAAUCGAUCCAUUUUCCUUAGAUGCGCUUGCAAAACAUGGCAUAGUAGCUCUUCGCAGAGCAAAGAGAAGAAAUAUGGAAAGACUCACUCUUGCUUGUGGUGGAAUAGCUGUGAAUUCUCUUGAAGACCUCAGUGUAGAUUGCUUGGGACAUGCUGGUCUUGUAUAUGAAUAUGCAUUAGGUGAAGAAAAGUUCACUUUUGUUGAGGACUGUGUAAACCCUCGCUCUGUCACCUUGUUGGUUAAGGGACCAAAUAAGCAUACUCUCACACAAAUCAAGGAUGCUGUAAGGGAUGGACUUCGUGCCAUCAAAAAUGCCAUUGAAGAUGGGUGUGUGGUUCCAGGAGCGGGUGCAGUUGAAGUCGCAAUAGCUGAAGCUCUUAUUAUGUACAAGCACAGUAUAAAAGGAAGAGCUCGUCUUGGAGUCCAAGCUUUUGCUGAUGCCUUACUCAUCAUUCCUAAGGUUCUUGCUCAGAAUUCUGGUUAUGACCCACAGGAAACACUAGUAAAAGUUCAGGCGGAGCAUUUAGAAUCAAAACAACCUAUUGGCAUUGAUUUGAAUACAGGUGAGCCAAUGGUAGCAGCAGAUGCAGGAAUUUGGGAUAAUUAUUGUGUGAAAAAACAACUUCUUCACUCUUGUACAGUGAUUGCUGCGAACAUUCUCCUUGUUGAUGAAAUCAUGCGAGCUGGUAUGUCUUCUCUCAGAGGGUGAUUGAGUUAAAAAUCAGCUCUUCUAGAAGCUGAGAUUUAGCACAUUUUAUAUCCAACUACCAUUAUAUAUAGCCUGAGCCAUUCUUAAUUUUUACAUAAUAAAUGCAGCUUAU